GGCAGGUGAGUUGAGACAUGGAUGCUGAGUGGAAGGGUGUAGCAGUGUCCUUGUUCUGUGUUGCCUGUGUGAGUGUUUUCCUGCUGAAAUGGAGAGAACUCCAGAAUUUGAAGAGGAAACUGCAGAGAGCCAGAGAGAAGAGAGAGAAAGAGCUGGGACAGGCAGAGAAAGCUGUCAGCUGCUUUAAGACUCAGAAUGCUGGUGUUGAUUUGAGCUCCAUCGUGACUCUCCCUCUAGCUGAGCUGAGUAAACGGAUCAGAGAUGGAUCUCUGCAGCCCGACGCUGUUCUCCACGCCUACAUGGAAAAAGCUCUGGAGGCGAACAGGAAAGUGAACUGUAGCACUGCUGUCCUCACGGAGAGUCUGAAACAACUGCAGGACAUCGAGUCGCACAAAAAUGGCCUUCUCUACGGCAUUCCCAUCAGCAUCAAGGACAAUCUGGAUUUUGAGGGCUACGACUCUACCUGUGGCGUGUUGACUAAGUUGGAUGAUCCUGCCGUUAAGGACAGUGUGCUGGUCUCGGUACUGAAGAAGCAGGGUGCGAUCCCCUUCAUCAAAACCAACAUCCCACAGGGUCUCCUCAACUAUGAAUGUAGUAACCCCAUAUACGGGAGGACGGUGAACCCCUGCAACGUCGAGAAGACGUGCGGCGGCUCUUCAGGAGGCGAGGGUGCUCUGAUCGCUGGAGGAGGAUCUAUUCUGGGUCUGGGAAGCGACCUCGGAGGAAGUGUCCGCAUCCCGGCAGCCUUCUGUGGCAUCUGCGGCUUAAAACCCACAAACAACCGGAUAAGCUUGCAUGGACUGUCUUCGUGUGUAAAAGGUGGGAAGACAGGUAAGACACCGACGUCCGUUGGUCCCAUGGCCCGUGAUGUUGAGAGUCUGGCUCUGUGUAUGAGAGCUUUACUCUGUCCAGACAUGUUCACUCUGGACCCUACGGUUCCUCCAAUACCGUUCAACCAGCAGGUGUACGAGAGCUCUGAGCCCCUGAGGAUCGGUUACUAUGAGAACGACGGGUACUUUCAGCCGUCUCCAAGCAUGAGCAGAGCUCUACUAGAGACCAAAGAGCUCCUGGAAAAAGCAGGACACACGCUAAUUCCAUUCAACCUUCCUCGCAUAUUCACCGCCUUCCAUGAGUUUGUUGUACGGGGAAACACUGCAGAUGGAUGCGUCACACUUCUAAAGCACUUCGAGGAAGGCCCCGUCGAUCCGUGUAUGCAGCAUCAGUUCAGACACUGGGGUUGUCCCAGGUUCGUGAAGAUGUUCUCUCUGCUCCUUCGACCUGUUUAUCCACGCAUGGCCGCAGUUAUACACGCCACCUGUGGAGUCAGACGCACCGCAGUGUCUGACGUGGCCUCGUCACACUUUUUCCUGUGUUCUCUGCUUUGUAGCUCUCCUGCAGCUCUGUGGAAACAGCACCGAGAGGUCGAGGAUUAUAUCCGUGAGACGAUAGCCGUGUCAUUGUCUUCAGCUGCUCUGAGUUACACUGCGCUGUACAACGUGCUCAACUUCCCUGCUGGAGUCGUUCCUGUCACUGAGGUCACGGCCGAGGACGAAGAUCAGCUGAAUCACUACAGCAGAUACUUUGGAGACGCCGGGGACAAGACCUUUUUCGAGGCUAUACGAGGCGGUGUGGGUCUGCCGAUAGCAGUGCAGUGUGUGGCUCUGCCCUGGCAGGAAGAGAUGUGUUUACGCCUAAUGAGAGAAGUGGAAAAGCUCUGUGCCAAGAACAAAUUCUCCAACACGCACCACUAAACACACACACACACACACACACACACACAUACACACUCCAGCCUAUAAUCUGAAGUUGAUCUGUAUCGCACUGAUUAAUAGUUCAAAAGGAUGUCGCGUAGUGAAAACAGUUAAAUCACUUUCUUCCUCGGCACAGAGUUCUCAAUCUCAUCACUGUACUUAAGAUUCAGACCCGUGUAUAGGCGCGGCCUAAGGUUUGAAGGCAGGGUUGUCUGUUAUUGAUUCAGUUGAUAAUAAAAUUAUGAUUUGAAUUGUAUGA